AUGGAACAGUACAAAGAGUCUGUGGAGCAAAGAGAAGCCAAACGUGUGGCAUUUUUUGCUAUUGUUGUUUCUACAGCAGCAGUUAUUGUAACAAUUGUUACAUUACCUAUGCUUUAUAGUUAUGUUCAAAAUUUUCAAAGCCAUCUUAAUAUUGAAAGUGAAUUUUGUAAGACAAGAUCCCGUGAUAUGUGGCAAGAAAUGAAUAUGCUUAAUGGUGUUGUUCGCCAAAAAAGAUCUUCACAUGGACCAUGGUUUUAUGGUGAGACAAAUGUUGAUGGAGCUCUCCGUCCUGAUGGAGGAAAUUACAAUUCAGGACAAGGUGGUAGUCACAAUGGUGGUGGCGGUGGUGGUAGUAUGACUGGAUCAAAUCAAAAUGUUGUUCGUGAUACACAAACAUGUUGUUCAUGUCAACAAGGACCACCAGGACCACCAGGACCUGUUGGUGAUGAUGGACCAAUUGGUUCUGAUGGAAGUCCAGGAAAAGAUGGAGAUCAUGGAAGAGAUGGACAAAUUCUUCCUUCUGCACUUGGUUCAUCACCAUGUGUUAUUUGUCCAACAGGACCACCAGGACCAGUUGGUCAACAAGGAAAUAAAGGUGCAAAAGGACCAAAAGGUGAUAAUGGUAAAGAUGGAGAAAAUGGACGUGAUGGAGAAAAAGGAUUACAAGGACCACCAGGAAUACCAGGACCACUUGGACCAAUAGGACCUCCAGGACCUAAAGGAGCACCAGGAAGAAUUGUAAAAGUUAAUGGACCACCAGGACCAACAGGUGAAACAGGACCAGUUGGAAAUCCUGGACCAAUUGGAGAACCAGGUGAAGAUGGAAGUAAUAAAGAAGGACCACGUGGUGAACCUGGUGAUGAUGGUCCUCCAGGACCUGCUGGACCACAAGGACAAGAAGGUUUAGCUGGACCUCGUGGACCAACUGGUGAAGAAGGUACAUGUGACCAUUGUCCAAUUCCAAGAACUCCACCAGGUUAUUAA